GAGCCUGUGUGUAUCACACUGCGAGACGUCAGCACUGUGUGUUUGAUUCGAAUGUCAUUUCCCAAUUUACGCUCCAGCGCCUAAGACCCUCUCCAGCCAGCAGACCCAUGCGUCUAUCUUUCGUUUUCGUAGCGAUUGUGGCUACACUCCUCGUUACCAGCGAAGCCCUUGCCGACUCCAAUUAUGCCGACCGUCGUCUGCUGAGGACCCACUACACGACAUCCGCUGAAUCCGAAGAAAGAGGUAUCAAGGACAUCCCUCUUGAGCGCCUGAACUCGUUGGGUAAAAAACUUGGAAUUGACGUCCAGAGAGCUACGACCGAUGCCGUUUACUUUAGGCGUAUAAGCCCGGAAGUGAUGAAGAAAUACCAAAAGAAACUGAACAAGUUAAUUCAGAUCUACAGGUCGACGCCGGAGUAGGAAUGAGGUGCCGAAAACUAGGCCGACCUAUCGGCGACAAGAGUGUGAAGUCCAGAACAAGCUUCAUGUGAAUUCGUUUCAAUGGAAGAUAAUGCCUCGUUUCUUCUAGUGUAAACAAGAC